AUGGGCUGGCGCCUCCAGGCCAGCCAUGGGCUGCGCUUGGCCACUCCUGGCUGCUGUGGUCGCGAACUCGUGAUUCGCGCGGACCGUGGAGGCGGCGACGCGAAGAGGAAUCGCGGAGGCUCUCGCUGCUCGGUUCAGAUUUUUUUUAUAGCGAGGGAUGAUGGUAGCGGCGUCGUCGUCGGGCGCGGAAGGAGCGUCUCCAGGGCGCGCCCCUCGUGGUUCCGUCGCGCGCUGGGCGGGCUCCUCAUGUGGAAGCACCCCGCGGCCGUGGAAGCGCCGGCGCGGGCACGGGAGCGCGCGCCAACGGAGAGGCCGCGCUGGCGCUCGUCCCUCAAGAAGGCGGUGGGGUCGGCGCUCGCGCGCGUGGUGUGCGUCUGCGAGCCGGUCUGUUCCGGCGUCCGUGACGACGACGUGCUGGAUCCGAGGAAGAGUCGUCGGCGGCGGAGGAGGAGGGUCCGUUCACCCCCGGAAGCUGUGCUCACGGGAGAAUCGGAGGACUACUGGACAUUCGCUUUCAGGGGGAGGUCGUCGCUGAUCGACGAAAUGCUGAUGCGGCGGUUCGUGCUGGAGGAGGACGCCAUGCGCCGGCGCAUGGAGAUGCGAGCGGCGGCAGGCCUGUGUUGGGUUCCGCCGGGUCCCAGCAGAUUCAGCCAGAUGUCGCUGGCGGACGACGACGACAACGGCGGACGAAGCAGGAGAGAACAGUUCGACCUCGCCCCAGUGCAGUGA